AUGUCUCAUCUGCAAUACUUCACAUACGCAGGAUAUGGGAAGAAGAUCACAGAUGAGUACCACUACAGUUCCACUGUGCGAGUGGGAAACCGUUUUGAGAUCUCUGGACAAGGAGGAUGGGAUCCUAACAGUGGCGAGAUAUCAGGAAAUCUGACAGCAGAGGUGGACCAAGCCUUGGCCAAUGUCGAUCUUGCGUUGAAGCAGGCUGGAAGCAAGGGUUGGCCUGAGGUCUACAAGAUCACCAUGUUCUAUACAACCGAUGAGGUUUUGGGUGUUUGGCAGCCGCUUGCAAAGAAGUGGUUCCCAGACCACAGGCCAAUCCUCACCGCUAUUGGCGUUCGAGCGUUAGGCCUUCCGGCAAUGCAUGUGGAGAUCGAAGCUGUUGCUGUUGAAUCAACGUGA